AUGCCCCCAAGGAGAGCGCGCAAUAAGUCGCCUGCGGCUGAACGUCGCGAACGUCUGACUUUGGCAAAAUUAGCCAGCUAUGACGACGUCGCAACCGAUGCGCUGGUGGAUCAUGCUUAUUUUUGGACCACCACUCGCAAGAAUCGGACCAAGUACAGUCCUGCUCGCGGCAUUCACGACGACGAUAUUGGACGCAUUCUCCUCCACGAUGUCAUCGUCAAGAAGGAUCUCCCAGCCGCCGAGAGCAAGUUAUUGGAUAUCUCUGGCCUCAAGAAAUACAUGGCAAACCUCCGCAGUCCCCGAGAGAAGGAGUGGUUUCGGCGACACCUCCGCAAAUACAUCCAGAUGUACCUCCCAGACUCCCCCUUCGAGGUGACCACCACCAACCGGUACAUCAUCACACAGCACGAGGCUGCUAUCUGCGCGCGGAGGUUCAUCAAGAAGGGCGAGGAGAUCAAAUACCUGAGUGGAACACUCGUAUCAAUGACGCAUGAAGAGGAGCUGGAUCUUGGCCUGACUCGCAAGGACUUUAGCAUCGUGAUGUCCAGUCGCCGCAAAACCCCCUCAUUCUUCCUGGGUCCCGCGCGCUUCGCCAACCACGACUGUGAUGCCAAUGGUAGUCUGACAACACGUGGUAAUGAGGGCAUGUCUGUUGUGGCUAUGCGCAAUAUUCACGAGGGUGAGGAAAUCACAGUCUCCUACGGUGAAGACUAUUUUGGCGUCGAUAAUUGCGAGUGCUUAUGCAUGACCUGUGAACGAUUUGUUCGAAACGGGUGGUCACAGAAUGCCGAUUCGGACGCUCAUAGUAAAGAAUCCAGCCCUGUAUCUGACGCUGCGCCGGUGGAAGAUACCGCGACAAGCAGGAAACGUCGUCGCAGCCCACCGGCGGACGAUUCUGACAGCUCUUCCACUGUGAACUCCACUCCACGCAAGCGCGCAAAGUUCCAGCGUCAGGUUUCCAAGCUUCGCAAGGAGAUCUCAGCUUCUGAAUUAGCCGGGGAUUCAGUGCCCACGCCUGAAUCUGACGCCACCCCUGUCCCGGAAACUCUGCUCAUCCCAACUACUAUAUUGUCUCAUACCUCCGCCCAGGUGGACAAACUGAAGGGAGAGAUCUCAGAAUUGACUGCUAAUGCAUCAUCCGGUUCAGAAACUCCGGUUUCAAUUGAUGUAGAAUCGAGACAGGCAGUAAACUUGGCAACGAAUAAUAAAAUUGAGGAACCCCAACCAAACUCAGCUGUCCCCACGGAGUGUGAUUCUCCCGCAUCCAACGCCGACGAAUCUCAUCGCUCGUCGUUGUCGACAUCGCCCACUACCGUUGACGAUAUUGGAACAAGAAUCAAAGCCGAGGAAGGCACAUCGGAAGCAAUCGAGGCCGAAGCUUCCCCAGAAGGUGGGUUGCACUCUACACACUCCCUCGACAACAAUGCCAUGAAAGGACAGCCAGACUCACCGGACUCUCUUGCAGCAGAUGAUCAUACGGGAAAUACAACCGAAAAGCCCAGGACGAAAAGGUCCUACACAAAGCGGCGAUUCAUAGUCGACUCUGUUGAGAGUGACUCGCAUGUCGCUCGGGUCCCCGGUGAUUACACCAAGACAUCACGAUUGCUCGCUCAGAAGUACGAUCGAUGGGUCGAGUGCCAAACAUGCGAUUCAUGGUUCCUACAAUCCAACUCAUACCUGACUCGGCGUGAAUGCCCCCGUUGUGAACGCCACUCCAAGCUCUACGGAUUCCAGUGGCCUUACACGGACAAAAACCCCGACUGCGACGAACGAGUCAUGGACCACCGGACCAUCCAUCGAUUCUUGUCCCCAGAUGCACAAUCUCGCAUCAGCCGACGAGACCGUGGUGUCAGCUUUGGCAUCACCCCUACCCCGGAGCUGUCUGACACGCAUACCCCCGAAACGGAGAACAGCGAUGCAAACGAAUCUAAGCGCGAUGCGAGGGCGUCUCGUCGACGAACUAGAGAGCUUCGUAUGACUAUGUAA